AUGUCAACGCCAGUGCACAGCCAGCACUUAGCGGGCAAUAGCCACCGCCCCAGGGAUAUCAACGCCCUUCCCUGGGAGACAUCCCCACAGAGCCACCCCGGCAACGCCAACCCCUCCACAGCCAUCCCCCCUGAGAGGAUAUCAGCCUCCCAUGGCGAUGUCCCUGGGAGACAUCCCCACAGAGCCCCCCCCGGCAACGUCAACCCCUCCACAGCCAUCCCCUCUGAGAGGAUAUCAGCCUCCCAUGGCGAUGUCCCUGGGAGACGUCCCCACAGAGCCCCCCCCGGCAACGCCAACCCCUCCACAGCCAUCCCCCCUGAGAGGAUAUCAGCCUCCCAUGGCGAUAGCCCCCCCGGCAACGCCAACCCCUCCACAGCCAUCCCCCCUGAGAGGAUAUCAGCCUCCCAUGGCGAUGUCCCUGGGAGACAUCCCCACAGAGCCCCCCCCGGCAACGCCAACCCCUCCACAGCCAUCCCCCCUGAGAGGAUAUCAGCCUCCCAUGGCGAUGUCCCUGGGAGACAUCCCCACAGAGCCCCCCCCGGCAACGCCAACCCCUCCACAGCCAUCCCCCCUGAGAGGAUAUCAGCCUCCCAUGGCGAUGUCCCUGGGAGACAUCCCCACAGAGCCACCCCCGGCAACGUCAACCCCUCCACAGCCAUCCCCCCUGAGAGGAUAUCAGCCUCCCAUGGCGAUGUCCCUGGGAGACAUCCCCACAGAGCCACCCCCGGCAACGCCAACCCCUCCACAGCCAUCCCCCCUGAGAGGAUAUCAGCCUCCCAUGGCGAUGUCCCUGGGAGACAUCCCCACAGAGCCCCCCCCGGCAACGCCAACCCCUCCACAGCCAUCCCCCCUGAGAGGAUAUCAGCCUCCCAUGGCGAUGUCCCUGGGAGACAUCCCCACAGAGCCCCCCCUGGCAAUGCCAACCCCUCCACAGCCAUCCCCCCUGAGAGGAUAUCAGCCUCCCAUGGCGAUGUCCCUGGGAGACAUCCCCACAGAGCCCCCCCCGGCAACGCCAACCCCUCCACAGCCAUCCCCCAUGAGAGGAUAUCAGCCUCCCAUGGCGAUGUCCCUGGGAGACAUCCCCACAGAGCCCCCCCCGGCAACGUCAACCCCUCCACAGCCAUCCCCUCUGAGAGGAUAUCAGCCUCCCAUGGCGAUGUCCCUGGGAGACGUCCCCACAGAGCCCCCCCCGGCAACGCCAACCCCUCCACAGCCAUCCCCCCUGAGAGGAUAUCAGCCUCCCAUGGCGAUGUCCCUGGGAGACGUCCCCACAGAGCCACCCCCGGCAACGUCAACCCCUCCACAGCCAUCCCCCCUGAGAGGAUAUCAGCCUCCCAUGGCGAUGUCCCUGGGAGACGUCCCCACAGAGCCACCCCCGGCAACGCCAACCCCUCCACAGCCAUCCCCCCUGAGAGGAUAUCAGCCUCCCAUGGCGAUGUCCCUGGGAGACAUCCCCACAGAGCCACCCCCGGCAACGCCAACCCCUCCACAGCCAUCCCCCCUGAGAGGAUAUCAGCCUCCCAUGGCGAUGUCCCUGGGAGACAUCCCCACAGAGCCACCCCCGGCAACGUCAACCCCUCCACAGCCAUCCCCCCUGAGAGGAUAUCAGCCUCCCAUGGCGAUGUCCCUGGGAGACAUCCCCACAGAGCCACCCCCGGCAACGCCAACCCCUCCACAGCCAUCCCCCCUGAGAGGAUAUCAGCCUCCCAUGGCGAUGUCCCUGGGAGACGUCCCCACAGAGCCACCCCCGGCAACGCCAACCCCUCCACAGCCAUCCCCCCUGAGAGGAUAUCAGCCUCCCAUGGCGAUGUCCCUGGGAGACGUCCCCACAGAGCCACCCCCGGCAACGCCAACCCCUCCACAGCCAUCCCCCCUGAGAGGAAAUCAACCUCCCAUGGCGAUGUCCCUGGGAGACAUCCCCACAGAGCCACCCCCGGCAACGCCAACCCCUCCACAGCCAUCCCCCCGAGAGGAUAUCAGCCUCCCAUGGCGAUGUCCCUGGGAGACAUCCCCACAGAGCCACCCCCGGCAACGUCAACCCCUCCACAGCCAUCCCCCCUGAGAGGAUAUCAGCCUUCCAUGGCGAUGUCCCUGGGAGACGUCUGCACACACAAAGUCAACCCCUCCGCAACCACCACCACCACCACCACCCUCCAAAGGGAUAUCAACCUCUGA